AUGUGGCUGACAGAGUUCAUCAACAACAUUUCAAAGAUUGAAGAUAACGAGAUGUCAGUUUCUGAUUUCACUUCACUAUCAAGAGAAGAGGAAUUUGAAAAGAGCACAGACUCCAUCAUCCCUUUGUUCUCAGUGACGUAUACCAUCGCCAUUACUUUCUCUAUCAUGUCAUGUACAAGGUUGGACUGUGUGAGGAAUAAGGUGUGGGUGGCCACCUUCGGUGUCCUCUCUGCAGGCUUGGCAGUGUUGUCCAGUUUUGGGUUGUUGCUCUACUGUGGGAUGCCCUUCGCUACGACUGUGGCAAGUGCUCCGUUUUUGAUUCUGGGAAUCGGUGUUAAUGAUAUGUUCAUCAUGAUUUCUUGCUGGCAGAAGUCUCAAGUUAGCGACAAAGUAGAGGAUCGUAUGGCAGAGACGUACAAAGAUGCAGCAGUUUCCAUCACCAUCACAACACUGACCGACGCCUUGGCUUUCUAUAUUGGUCUCUUAACUCCCUUUGCUUCUGUGCAGUCUUUCUGUAUGUAUACUGGCACUGCGGUUGUAUUCUGUUACUUGUACAACAUCACUUUCUUUGGUGCGUUCUUAGCACUGAACGGACGCAGAGAGGAAAGCAACAGGCACUGGCUGACUUGCAUGAAGGUACCAGAACCCAGCUCUGCCAAGUACAACACAUGUAGUGAAGGGGGCUACUAUGAUAAAGUCACAGGGAAGGAAGAACCAAUGCCAAUCAACAACUUUUUCAAGAACUAUUAUGGGCCAUUUCUGACAAAGAAGUUGACAAGGGGUUUGUAAUGCUCCUCUAUGCUGGGUAUUUGGCUGCAAGCAUUUAUGGCUGCUUCCAAAUGAAA